GAGGGGAGUCGUGAAGGGCGCGGGCUGGGGUCGUGCUGCUAGCCUCGUGGUUUCGCCUGCCAUCGCGUUGUUCCCAGAGCUGGGGCCACAGAAGCAGAGGCAAGAGGUGCAAAAUGGCAACCACUGUCAGGAGGCAGAGGAGGCUCGCCUGUUGGACUUUAAUGGCUGUGCUCUUGGCAGACCUGGUGGCACUGAGUGAUAUGCUGGCAGUGAUGUCUGUGGACCUGGGCAGUGAGUCCAUGAAGGUGGCCAUUGUCAAACCUGGAGUGCCCAUGGAAAUUGUCUUGAACAAGGAAUCCCGGAGGAAAACCCCAGUGACUGUGACCCUGAAAGAAAAUGAAAGAUUCUUUGGAGACAGUGCAGCAAGCCUGGCCAUCAAGAAUCCAAAGGCUACUCUGCGUUACUUCCAGCAGCUCCUGGGGAAACAGAAGGAUAACCCUCAUGUGGCCCUUUACAGAGACCGUUUCCCAGAGCACGAGCUAGGCUUUGACCUGCAGAGGCAGACUGUGUACUUCCAAAUCAGUCCGCAGCUGCACUUCUCACCUGAGGAGGUACUGGGCAUGGUUCUCAAUUACUCUCGUUCCCUGGCUGAAGAUUUUGCAGAACAGCCCAUCAAGGAUGCAGUGAUCACUGUGCCAGCCUUCUUCAAUCAGGCUGAGCGCCGAGCUGUACUGCAGGCUGCUCGCAUGGCUGGCCUCAAAGUACUCCAGCUCAUCAAUGACAACACUGCUAUUGCCCUCAGUUAUGGUGUCUUCCGUCGGAAAGAUAUCAACACCACUGCCCAGAACAUCAUGUUUUAUGACAUGGGCUCAGGCAGCACUGUGUGCACCAUUGUGACCUACCAGACAGUGAAGACUAAGGAGGCGGGGAUGCAGCCACAGCUGCAAAUCCGAGGAGUGGGAUUUGACCGUACCCUGGGGGGCCUGGAGAUGGAGCUCCGACUACGUGAGCACCUGGCCAGGCUUUUCAAUGAGCAGCGCAAGGGACAGAGAGUGAAGGACGUGAGGGAGAACCCCCGUGCCAUGGCCAAGCUGCUACGUGAGGCUAAUCGACUCAAAACUGUCCUGAGUGCCAAUGCUGACCACAUGGCACAGAUCGAGGGCCUCAUGGAUGAUGUGGACUUCAAGGCAAAAGUAACUCGAGUGGAGUUUGAAGAGCUAUGUGCAGACUUAUUUGAGCGAGUGCCUGGGCCUGUGCAGCAGGCUCUCCAGAGUGCCAAAAUGAAUUUGGAUGAGAUUGAGCAGGUGAUCCUGGUGGGUGGGGCCACUAGGGUCCCCAAAGUUCAGGAGGUGCUGCUGAAGGCUGUGGGCAAGGAGGAGCUGGGGAAGAAUAUCAAUGCAGAUGAAGCAGCUGCUAUGGGGGCUGUAUACCAAGCAGCUGCACUCAGCAAAGCCUUCAAGGUGAAGCCCUUUGUUGUCCGGGAUGCAGUGAUCUACCCCAUCCUGGUCGAGUUCACAAGGGAGGUAGAGGAGGAGCCUGGGGUUCGCAGCGUGAAGCACAAUAAGCGUGUUCUCUUCUCCCGGAUGGGGCCCUACCCUCAACGCAAAGUUAUUACCUUUAACCGCUACAGCCAUGAUUUUAAUUUCCACAUCAACUAUGGUGACCUGGGCUUCCUGGGGCCUGAGGAGCUUCGGGUAUUUGGCUCCCAGAAUCUGACUACAGUGAAGCUAAAAGGUGUCGGUGAGAGCUUCAAGAAGUAUGCUGACUACGAGUCCAAGGGCAUCAAGGCUCAUUUCAACCUGGACGAGAGUGGUGUGCUCAGCUUAGACAGGGUAGAGUCUGUGUUUGAGACACUGGUGGAGGACAGCCCAGAGGAAGAAUCGACUCUGACCAAACUUGGCAACACCAUUUCUAGCCUGUUUGGAGGAGGCACCACACCAGAUACCAAAGAGAAUGGUACCAACACCAUUCAGGAGGAAGAGGAAAGCCUUACUGAGGGGAGCAAGGAUGAGCCUGGAGAGCAAGCGGAACUCAAGGAAGAAGCUGAGACCCCAGUAGAGGACACCUCUCAACCCCCACCUCAUGAGCCCAAGGGAGAUGUAGCCCCUGAGGGAGAAAAGGCCAUAAACAAAGAAAAUGGGGAAACGUCUGAGGCCCAGAAGCCAAGUGACAAGAGGGAGCCAGGGUCUGAGGCUGUCUCUCCAGCUCCAGAGGAAGAAAAGAAGCAGAAGCCUUCCAGGAAGCAGAAAAUGGUAGAGGAGAUUGGGGUGGAGCUAGUAAUUCUGGACCUACCUGACUUGUCUGAGGACAAGCUGGCCCAUUCAGCACAGAAACUUCAGGACUUGACAGUCCGAGACCUAGAGAAGCAGGAACGGGAGAAAGCUGCCAAUAGCUUGGAAGCUUUCAUCUUUGAGACCCAGGACAAGCUAUACCAGUCCGAGUACAAGGAAGUGUCCACUGAGGCACAGCGUGAAGAGAUCUCUGGGAGACUCAGUGCUGCUUCCACUUGGCUGGAAGAUGAAGGCUUUGGAGCCACCACAGUGAUGUUGAAGGAGAAGCUGGCUGAGCUGAAGAAGCUGUGCCAAGAGUUGUUUUUUCGGGUGGAAGAGCGUAAGAAGUGGCCUGAGCGUCUCUCUGCCCUUGAUAAUCUCCUCAACCAUUCCAGCAUGUUCCUCAAGGGUGCCCGGCUUAUCCCAGAGAUGGACCGGAUCUUCACUGAGGUGGAGAUGACAACAUUGGAGAAAGUCAUCAAUGAGACCUGGGCCUGGAAGAAUGCAACAAUGGCUGAGCAGGCCAAGCUUCCCACCACAGAGAAGCCAGUGUUGCUCUCAAAAGACAUUGAGGCCAAGAUGAUGGCUCUGGACCGUGAAGUGCAGUACUUGCUAAAUAAGGCCAAGUUUACCAAGCCCCGGCCUAGGCCCAAGGGCAAGAAUGAAACCCGGGCAGAACCGCCACUCAAUGUCAGUGCCAGUGACCAAGGGGAGAAGGUCAUCCAUCCACCAGGCCAGACUGAAGAUGCAAAGCCCAUUUCAGAAUCUGAAAAAGAGACUCGAUCUGGACCAGCAGAUGCUGAACCUCUUGAGUUAGAAGGUCCUGGAACAGAAUCUGAACAGAAGGAGCAGCCAACAGGACAGAAGCAAACUUUGAAGAAUGAUGAACUAUAACCCCUGCCUUUCAGUUCCCCAUUCCUUCCCACCCCUUUCUCCUACCACCUCUAUUUAUUUAACAUCAAGGGUUGAGGGGAGGUGUUAUUCCUUCCCUCAGAGGCUUAAGUUCCUUUUCUCCUCACCUGUGAUUGGAUGUGUGGAUAAGGGGAAGGAAGGGACAGCUUACCAGUUUCUUCCAUAGUAGUUCUGUGGUAAAACUGAAAUUGUUCUGUUCCCCAAUCCCUUCCCCCGGUUCUCUACCUAUCCAGGCCAUAAAUUGGGAAAAAUCACUAUUAGGUCUCAGUUCUUUGUGGAUAAGUAAGAGUAUGUUCAUCAGUGAUUGGCAGACCUGGUAGUGGGAAAGAUGUCCUCUAUUAUUAGUCUCCAGUUUUCUGUGGUCAUUAUCCCUUCCCUCCUUUCCUCUUCCACACAAAAGUAAUGUCACAUAGGAGCCAAUGUCUACAGAGCCUUGGUUUGAUUUCUGAGUGCCUAUUUAUGCUCUUUUCUUCUCCCAAGUUCUCUUUCCCUAAACCAUCCUCAUUGACUUUUCUUCCUAUGGGUUUCCUUGGCUUGCUAUUGUAAGUUAGGCAGCUCCUUGCCCAAAGCAAUUUCAUCUGCACAGGCUGAAGUAAAUCUAAGUUGAUUCACACCAGCACGCACAAUGCCCAGUGGCCAGAAUAGACAGAGAAAGUGAAGGGAAUUCAGCCACCUGUCCAGGAGUGAGCUGUAUGAAAACCCUUGUGGACACUUGGCCCAGGAGUGCCAUGUGGAGUGGCUGGCAUGGGGUGCCAGCAUCCUGCAAGUGUCGUCAAAAUCUGCCCCUUUGCAUUAGCCUAGUGCUCCCUGUCCCUGUGACUGUAUAUGCCCUCUUUCUCUCCUGCUGCUCUGCCCUUCCAGGCAUCCUUCCCCUCAACCCAUGACUCCCUGGGCUGACCAAAGUGUGCUUUCUACUGUGAGCCCAUAACCCAAGACCCUAGGAGGAGGAGAGAACAUGGUGUGAAUGUAAAAAUGUCACCUCACUUCUUUGAGGCAGGCCCUGUUGGUGGAGGAAGAGACUGGCUUUCUUUUGUGCAUUGCUCUGCUAGGAUGGGGGCCCUUUACCCACUAUACUGGUGUUGGGGAGACUGUCCAACAUUAUGCCUGUAGCAGGAGCCACAGCUGCCACCCCACUUCCUAGUGCAACAGGAAGCCUGUUUAUGUCUUUUUUUUCCUUCUUCUUCUUCUUCUUCUUUUUUUUUUUUUUUUUUGCCACAUUGGCAGAAAAGAAACCUAAGGGUCCCCAUCCUGUCUGUAUGUUUGAGUUAUUUCAAUAGCAGCUGAGGCUGGUUGGGCAGGUGUGAGUCAAAUUGUACUUUGCUCCAUUGUUAAU